UUAUCAAGUAAGAGGUUACCACUCGUGCUUUUGAGUCUAGCGUCCCCGGUUAAGUUCGACAGUUAAGUUAACAGAAGCCUGUUAUCUUUUUUUUCUACAGUCUAUAAUAUAGAUUUUACUCAUUUUGAAUCAAAAAAAGCGUUUACAAACAAACAUCCAAAAUGAGUGCGACUAUGCCAGUUAACCCGAAACCUUUCCUGAACAGCCUGACCGGGAAGCCUGUGAUGGUAAAGCUCAAAUGGGGCCAUGAGUACAAGGGCUACUUGGUCUCUGUCGACGGCUACAUGAACCUCCAGCUGGCCAACACGGAAGAACACAUCGACGGCGCUUGCACCGGCAACCUGGGCGAAGUCCUCAUAAGGUGCAACAACGUCCUCUUCAUCCGCGGCGUUGAGGAGGAAGACGAAGAGGGCGAAAUGAAGGACUGAUUCAUCAUCCUAGCUUUUAAUUUAUAUUUUAAGCCUCUUUAAAUUAAGUGUAAAUAUGUCGAUUAAAAAAAAAAAAAAUAUACUUUUUACUUUCCUUUAAAUAUGA